AUGGGUCUGAAAGAUGAGGGAUUCUCUGUUGCGUCUGUUAAACAGGUUCUGAAACAUGGAAAUCUACACUGCGGUGAAGACUAUUUAAUGUGGUGUAAAUGGGUGCCGAGUAAGUGUAACAUAUUCAUGUGGAGAGCCAUUUUGGAUCAUCUGCCGUCGAAGAGGGCGUUGGGAAGAAGAAAUAUUGUGGUGGAAGAUCCGAUGUGUUCUUUCUGUGGAGCGGCUAAGGAAAUAACGGAGCAUUUGUUCACGGCGUGUAUGUUGGCUUCGAAUGUUUGGCAUGCGCUAUCUACAUGGUGUAAUAUUCCGGAGAUUUAUGCUUUUUCGGUUUAUGAUUUAUCAAAAAUUCACAAACAUGCAAGGGUUUCAAGAAUAAAGGCGGAAGUGGUUAAAGGUUUGAUCAUGAUUGCGUGUUGGAAAAUAUGGAAGGCUAGGAACGAGAAGAUUUUUCAACAUCGUACAAGCAACGCUCGAGACAUAGUGGAGGUUAAAGGUUAUUUGUGGUUUAAACAUAGGCAAAAGCGUAUUUGUAUAGAGUGGGACAAUUAG